AUGGUUCAAGCUGCUGUUCGGCAUAGUCUACAUGACCUUCGGGGUUUACUGCCUGGUGCUUUUCUUCCGAGCGCGUGAUGUCUUCGAGAUCAGGGCGAGAUCUGUCUACCUCGUGACGACCCUUGGAUUGCUGCUGCUCUUGUACGAGGGGAUUACGGUGGAUCUCCACGCUAUUGUCCUUUUCGGGACGCCGGCUAACUACUUCACGAACAAUCUGCUCGUGUUCUUUGUCACGUUUUCUAUCGCGAGCUGCUACAUCAGCAGAGUCAUCCGGCUUGCCGUCGGGUUCCAUCCCAAGCUCAGGAGAUCUAUGCCAAAGCUCAUGUCGGAGAAGCUCCUAAUCGCCGUGAGCCUGUCCAUCGGUGUAAUGUCACUGUCCAUCCCGAUCUACUACAAGAUCACCGUCCCGAACGAGGAUUACCGCGACCAUCAGGCGGGCGUGAAGUGGCUUUGCACGCUGGUGCUGCAGAUAACGCAAAUCUGCCUGCUCCCCGUGGUGUGGUACAUCGAUGACCUGUUUCACAUCAGCCGGGAGCUCAUGGUGAUCAUCGUCCUGGGCCUCAUCCAGAGCGUGUUCGUCAAGCUUUUCAUCGAAGAAGAGCUGACGGGAGAAAUCAGGAACUUCAUCAACCCGCCAAACAUGCAGCUCUUGACAAUCUCAGUGUUGUUCGGACUCAGCGUCAUCGAUCCAGUCCGCCGUCUCAAGUUCAGCCCCAUGGCCCAGAGCUCGGCUCCCAUGACUCGCGCUGUUCUGAGGAGCUCGGCAUCCAAGACACAGAAGCCCAGGCGAGGGAGCUCCUCGAGCCAACAGCGGAAGAUCACCCCGAGCGAGGAAGCCGCCCAGCACAUGUGGACCUACGACAAGAUCGCCCUGGACAACGCCAUGGCGGAAGCCUUCCGGGUGUUUGCCAACAGGGCGCUGUGCCAGGAGUCUGUCUGGUUUCUCGAGGAGGUUUCAAGGUACCAGAAUGAAGACUACACCAUCGCUUCCCCGCUCGGAGGCGGCAAGAUAGAGGCAUUCGAAGCCAUCGCGAAGCGGUUUGUCGAGGACGGAGCGCCGGAUGAAGUGAACCUCAGCUACACGGACAAGAAAAACAUCAUCGCCAUGUUGAACAAAGAGGCCAGGGGCUUCGAACCUUCUGACGAGGAGCUCAGUGGCAUUUUCGACCGAGCGUACUCGCACAUCCGGUACAUGAUCGAGUCGAACAUCGUGCACAAGUUCUUGGAGACGGACGAGUUUCGUAAGGCAGCCAAUUCCGUGCCGCCCAGCCGCCGCGAAAGACGCCUGUUCCUCUUGCCGUGCUAACUGUCAUGCCGACAAUGCUGCUGGCCAGAGUGUGAGGCCAGCCGGCCUGAUGAGCUCGAGCUUUUGUUUCAGGCACCGACGGAGAGAGGACGCCGUCGAUCUACCUAUCAUGUCAUGGCCCGUUGCGUCUCGACCCGGGCUGUCGCCGUCGUCAUUGCUGUUGCUAUUGUUUUUGUUUUGUUGUCGCGAAAUGGAUACCUUCCAUACCUUCCAUACUUUCCUCGCCUCAAGUAUAUCCUAAAGGGGCUUUGUAGGUAGUAGACGCUGGAGGCGCUUUAUUUCGUGUUGUUCUUAUGUCUACUUUUUGGAGAAACAAAUGGCGGCGGUACGACGUGCGUAUCUACCGUCCUCGCCCUCCCUCACCAUGCUAGAUGAUUUCCACGUGUUGUGCCGGGUGGGCAAAAUCCUCCGAAUCUUUUGUAUUGUGUCGGAUUACAACCUUCGCGUUUACGUACAGCAAGGGCGUCAAGCGGGAAGUGUUUCGUGUGGCAAGCAGGCAGAGGUUGCGCCCGCGCAGCGAACGUCGUUUCUCGGACGUUUCGCCCCAAGUCCAAAGAAGAAGCAAGUCAUCUACGUGCCUUGAGCUUGUGUGCCUGCGUGGAGUGUAGCGGGAGCAGCCCAGCGUUACCGUGUAUCAAGUCCGUCCGUUCGUGGGAAGGAAGGGAGGGAGGCAGGGGGGUAGGUACCACACACCGCAGUCUGGAUGGAUUUCGUAUUUGUUUGGCAAGCACAUAAAUAGUUGGGAGAGAGAGAGAGAGAGAGAGAGAGAGAGAGAGAGAGAGAGAGAGAGAGAGCGUGGGAGGGAAGAAAGGGGGGUCAGUAUAUCGUAUAUCGUAUAUCGUAGGGCGCCCCGGGCGCGUGGUAGUAUACGGGAGGAAUGUUUUUCAGAAACUACACUCCGGUCGGGGAUGGUUAAGGGUUAAUGCUAUUGGCAAGUCGUUGUGAAUUACGACGCCGUUUUUUGUACGUCACGUGGACGUUGCGCGAUAAGACCUCACUGCACGCAGGGGGUGUUGCUGCCUGCAGCAACAUGCACCGCUUUGAGUUAUAUCUGCUAGAGUUCGGUCUUUUUCGCUCCACAAGCGUCCCAUUGCGGCUGUUUGCAGGCGGCGAAGUAGAGUAUUGGUGAUCGUGCGGUUCAGGUCCUUGGUCUAUUUUGUUUCCGUGGUGUGGGUGUUGCCGCUGCAGUUGUGAGUCGAUACCGGCGGUUUUACUUCAGCCGCGGCGCCGGGCAGCGCCAUCCCGGUUUGGCGAGCCAUUUGACAAAGCGAGUGAUCCCAGCCUGUUUGGGUGUGGUAGUGUGUGUCAGCCAGGCCUUUUCUGGGGGGGGGGGGAAAUACUGCUGUGGUUGAGAAACUUUUCGCGAGCACGCCUAACCAACAGCGUACAUGGAGUCCGAUUAUCUUGGUGGGUGGCUACCCCGGCGUGUUUGCUGUCCCGCAGUGAGUGCCAGUGGCGCUUAGUAGAGCUAAGGAGAGUGGCCGGCUCGUUUUUUUUUUUCUCGCAAUGCUGACGUUUUCUCUUGCAUGGCCCUCAAGCUCGUGGUGCGUUUUUCUUUAAUCUUCGCUUGGCUGGCUGACCCGUUGACGUAUGUGCGCAAUUCGCAAAUAACGGGUGAAUGGGUAGGUCUUGAUGUUCAUUCCUUCCCUGUUGGUGCAAGAUCUGGCUUAGAGGUAAAACCCUGUUUGUUUGUAGUUGCAGGAGAUGAAUCGUUGAAUGUUGCUGGUUGGUUGCUGCGGGACAUCUGCCACCGCCGCCAGAGAGCAUUAGGGCGGCAUGGUAUGUUCGUUGUGUCGUGACGUAUAAUUUAACAAGGGGGGACAGGGGAGCGAGGCGCAUCUGACUUACGUCAGCCCUACCCGGAUGGAUCCCCCUUGCCCGUGGAGUUUACGCCGUGUCCUGUUACUGUCAGAAAAAAGUAGAGUAUUGUAGUGAUGUGUAGGGGCACUUGAUUGUGGUAAUCGUAUCUUGCCCUUGUCCUUGUUCUUGCUCUUGAUGAACAUUUUCCUCACUUGUUUCUUGUAUUUUGGGGGUGUCGCGUUCUCAUGGGUGGCUUUGGUAGAAAUAGUUCAUGUUGUGUUUUUUGGUACGCCAAGAGUGUUGAUGUUUCUGGAAACUAACCUAGUGGCACUCUCGCGUGUCCUUUCCAAGAAGCCAUGUACAAACUUGUCCUCCCUUUCUCCUUGGCAUGUGUUGUAGGGUGUGCUCCUUAGAAUUCUGCCGCUGUUUGAUGGUAUGCGCGAGGGUGCAUCGUAUUUAUUAUUUUCGUUUCUUUCCCUUGCCCUUGUCGAAUGGAUAGGCGAACCCGUAGUACCAAUCCCUCGUCGACAGUGUGUAGUAGUUGUGAUGGCAGUCCGGAGUCCGAGGAACAACGUUAAGAUAGAAUACGGGCUUGCGGUGGUAUACAUGAUCCAAGUAUAUGAAUCAAAUGUGCGC